AUGAGCGACCAGUCAGUGCGGAGGCACAGCAAAAAUAAUGCUGCAGUAUUGGCAGUUCCACCUUACAUCUUCCUUGGACCUUAUACGUCCGCGUCAAGAUCUUUCAUUGAUUCAGUAGGUAUUACCCACAUCAUCAGCAUCGGCAGGGCGCCUGUUUGUCCCAACCACCCUCAUGUCCAAUACCACCGCCUGCAACUCUUGGACAAGGAUGCGUCCUCUAUUUAUACAGCCAUUGAUAGAGCCAACCAGGUCAUCACUGAUGCUAGGAACAAUGGAGGGAAGGUUCUCGUCCACUGCGUCGCGGGGGUGUCUCGCUCUCCGACGAUCAUCGCAGCCUACCUUAUCUCGAGAUGCUCUGUGUCACUGAAGGAUGCACUUGGGCUGCUUGUGCGCGCGAGGCCUGCGGUGUGCCCGAGACAAGGAUUUAUCGCGCAAUUAAAGGACUUAGAAAUAAGGGCGAGGGGGUGUUGUUCACUCGAUGUGGACGUUCUUCCUGGUUCGAAGGAGGCACGUUUGGCGCUCCUUGCGGGUUGAACGCUGAUUGGUGACUGUAUGUUCUUAAAUGCACCUGCAGGGCCAUAGCCUUAACGACACACUUUAGGGUGAAACAUGUCCCAGCUUCGUCAUGCAGCGCCAAAUGAUACUGAGCUCAGCCAAGUGUGCUUAUACUCGCUCCAUGCAGC